CUGCCCCCCAGCCUCCAGCCCCCCAGCAUCCAGCCCCAGCCAGGCACGCAGGCCUCAGCGGACCCCCAGGGUGGAGGGGGUCUGUGGACAUCUGCGAGCCCAAGCCUGACCCCCGUCUCCAGCCAGGAUCAGGCCUCCAACGACGUCCCAGACGCCCCAGCCGAGGUCAGCCACCCCAAACCUCUGCGCCCCGCCAGACCCCCUGGAGGCCCCUCGGAGGGCCCCUGGCAGCCGGCCCCAAGAUGCCACCCUCAUCACCCGGGGGCCCGGACCCCCAUCUCCAUGAGGGCCGCCUCGGUGCCACAGCCCCCGUCCUCCAGGCCUCUGCCUCCCCACCUCACCCCUCACGCCCAGAGGGCGUUCUCCGUAGCGGGAACGGCCGACACUCAAGCCCAGACUGUGGAGGACUUCAGGGUUCACAUCAUCACCUGGAACGUGGGCUCCGCCAUGCCACCCGAUGACAUCACCGCGUUGCUAGGGCUCCACAUCGGCGACGGGAACACAGACAUGUACAUCAUUGGCUUACAGGAAGUGAACUCCAUGAUCAACAAGAGGCUGAAGGACGUGUUGUUCACGGACCAGUGGAGCGAUGUCUGCAUGGAAAGACUCUGCCCCUUUGGAUACGUGCUGGUGACAUCUCAGCGUAUGCAGGGUGUGCUGCUGUUGGUCUUUGCGAAGUAUUACCACCUGCCCUUCCUGAGAGGAGUCCAGACCCAGACCACCCGCACAGGCCUGGGGGGCUACUGGGGGAACAAGGGGGGUGUGAGCGCCCGUAUGUCUGUGUACGGUCACUCGGUCUGCUUCCUGAACUGCCACCUCCCUGCUCACAUGGAGAACUCAGAGCAGCGCAUGGAGGACUUUGAGAGCAUCCUGCAGCAGCAGCAGUUUGAGGCCCAGACGGCCACCGGGGUCCUGGACCACGAUGUGGUGUUCUGGUUCGGGGAUCUGAAUUUCCGCAUCGACGACUUGGAGAUGCAUGUGGUGAAGGCAGCCAUUGACAACAACAAGUAUUCCAUUCUGUGGGAGAAAGACCAGCUGAACAAGGCCAAAGGAAACGAGAUUGUUCUGGAAGGAUUUCUGGAGGGUCCUCUGAAGUUUCCUCCCACGUACAAGUUUGACACUGGGACACACACGUACGACACAAGUGGUAAGAAGCGUAAGCCGGCGUGGACAGACAGGAUCCUGUGGCGUCUGAGGGCCCCCGUCCCAGCGGGCCCCGCCCCCGUCCCAGCGGGCCCCGCCCCCGAUGCCGGCGGCAACAAGCACGGCUCCUUGUCGUGCCUGAGCACAGGCACCAGGGUGACGCAGCACUUCUACCGCAGCCACAUGGAGUACACCGUCAGCGACCACAAGCCCGUCGCCUCCAUCUUCACCCUGCAGUUCCCCUACAAGGUGGACAUGCCCCUGGUCACUCUCAUGGUGGAGGACGAGUGGAACAGCGUUGCAGACGCCACCGCCAGGUUCAAGGUUGCUCCCAACUUCGCCCGUAGCUCCUGGGAUUGGAUCGCCCUGUACAAGGUGGGGUUCAAACAUCACAAGGACUACGUGGGGUAUGUGUGGGCGAAGCAAGAUGAGGCAGAUCUCCAUCGACAGGAACCCCAGGUCACCUUCACCGAGGAAGAACUGCCCAAGGGUUCCGGAGACUUCCUCUUGGGUUACUAUAGCAACAACAUGAGCAGCAUCGUGGGAGUGACCGAGCCGUUUCAGAUCCAGCUGCCCACCUCCAGCCCCGAAGCCAGCCCCUCCGACAGCUCCGAAUUCAGCUCCGAGGACGACAGCAUGAAGACGGGCUCGCGCAGCCCCAGCCCCAGCAAGCGCAAGCGCCGCGGUCCCCGUAGCAACAGUCGGAGCGGAAGCCCUCCAGCGGUGGAGGGCCUCAGUCUGCACUGCGCCCAGAACGAUGCCCCCAACGGGCCAGCGGGGGGCGCUGACGAGGCCUCCAGUCCAGGGGAGAAGGCCGGGGCAGGGGCCGAGGCCGGGGCCGAGGAUGCGGGGUUGUGAUGGAGCCCCCCCCCCACCCCCCCCUGUCUGUUGGUCUGCCGUCACGGGGCCACAUGGCUAACUCCUCAGUGUGGUUUGUUUUACACAUGCACUGUAUUGUAUGUUUCCUUUAGUGAAAAUGCACAUUCUCUGAUGCCAUGUCUUCAAGGCCAGAGCCAGGGCUCUGAUCGGAGGGGAGGCCUUGUCUUGGUUUAUUUUUAAAAGCCUCUCGCGUUCUCCUUUUUAAAAAAAAAUUUAAGGUUUCUCUCCUCUGCCUCCUCGCACUCCUUUCCCUCCUCUCCCUCUCUGGGGAGGGUGAGGCAGGGCGAGGCAGGGUGAGGCAGGGCUGUCGGCUGCUUUCGAGAGCCUCACACGACGAGAUCCAGGGGCAGUACAACUUCACGCUUUGUUUCUCAGAUGUUUUGAAACUGUGUAUUAGGCUUUGUGCCCCUGAGACUUAGUCUGCAGAUUAGCAUGUGCGGGCAGGAGAACAGUCUCCUCACGAGGUUAGCCAUUUAGCUUCCACGAAAAGUAUUCGGACAGAAUUUGGAGCCUCAAUUAUGUCUGGUCUACAGUUCAGUAGAGAAUUGUGUCUUAUGUUUCCAUGGAAAUAGCCAUAUGGCUCUAUUGUACAACGUAAGGCCCUAUGCGGAACAAGGAAGCAUGCAUCCACACCUAAAUAAAAAACGCCAUUCCAAUAGCAUUCUUUAGUUUUAGACUGAAUUCAACAUGCUGUACAGCAAAGCCAGGAUGACAAUAAGGUGUCUAGUCAAUAGGGGGCAGUGUUCACCUUCAGGGUACCUUGUAAUUACUGUAUUCCUCUUUCCUUCUCUCUCAAUUCCUCUCUUUCUAGUUCUACGGUCUUUAACCUCUUUCACCUGUCUCCCUCUCUCUUAUCUCUCACUCCCUUUCUCCCUCUCUUUGUGUCUCACAUCAUUUCUCUCUCUCCCUCCCUCUCUUUCUCCCUCUCCCUCCCUGUCUCUCACUUCACUCUCUCUCUUUCUCUUACCCUCAAACACACUUCCUCUCUCAUCCUCCUCUCUUCUUUAUCAGUAGUCAUGGUGAUUAGCUGACACUGUCAUUUGUAGUAGUAAUGUGUUGGAUUGGUAGCUUGUGACCUCCAGUACACCAUCCUAGACUAUUUACCUAUGGGCUGUUACUGUAACUUAGGAGUGCGUGUGUUGUUGUAUUGUAACCUAAUUGUGUGUGUAUGUGUUAUAUGAAUGGGUUUGUUGGGAAGUGAUUAUGUAUUUGGAUGUUCGCAGGUGUGUGUGUGUGUGUGUGUGUAUGUAUGUGAUUGCAUGGUUUGCUGGACAUACUCUACAUUCCAGAACUGUGAUUUUGUGCCGUUAAGUGCUGUUUUUGACUCCUCUUUGUAAAAUAUUUGGCUGUUGAGACUUACUAAAUGUGAUGAGGACAGUUUGACCUCUUAGAUAACGGCUGUAAAGGAACAGCGCGGGAUACGUGUGCUUGCAGAAACCAGAAGGACUUUUAUGUAUUUCAUUCAAUUUAUUUGUGUAUUGUACACAUUUGAUUAUAUUCAACAGAUCGAACUGAAAAAAAGACAAAAGAAACUAGAUUUUUCACUGGAACUUAACUGCUACUGUAUUGUAUAUGAACAUGUCUUGAAGCUAAUUUCAGGGACUAGAUCUGUGCAAAAAGGGAAGGAGUAGAUUAUCGGUUGAUUUAAAAUAUCACUAUCAAUGGUGAUUGAAAAGCGUUUUCCAAAGGACUGUCACUAUUCUAAAAUCUUGUUUUUUAAAUCAUGUUAUAUGAUCACGUGUGCAAUGAUAAAGAUAUAUAUAUGGAUAGAAACUUUAACUAAAGAAUGUGAUUAUAUGCGUAUUUUGUGUUUAAAACAGGCAAGAGUAUGUAUGUAAAUGACAAAUAGAAAAAAUAUGACAAUCAAAGCCAAAAAGAUUUAUUUUCUUAUGAGUGUCCGAUGAGCCUGAAUCCUGCUGGCCAAUCAUUUCAAUGCAAAAUGGUGUGUAGUGAUAUUGCAUUUGAUUUUAUAUUUCAUUUCACAUAAUGUACUGUAUUAUGUUUCUUUUUACUUAUAUAUUUUUUUUUUUUCUUUUCUUUUUACUAUAUAUUUAUCCACGCACACAGCAUACUUUUGUGUAAAAAUGAUUUAAAUUCAAAGUUUUAUCUGCAGAUAAAUGUUAGCCUUCAUCGUCUUUUAUUGUGGAUUGAUUAGGUUCUGCAAGCUUGUACUGUACGUACUAACUGAGAUAGAUGUUGACUGUCAUAGGGCGGAGCGAUUUCCGUAAACCUAACAAGACUAACUGGUUGUUGAAUGUUGACAUCCUGAAGGAGGUGUGUGGCUCUUCCCAGGAGGUUGGAUGUGAGCGUGUCAGAGCUUGAAGCCCUCCAGUUCCUCUACAACACAGACGCACGCUGUCCAGACGGAAGAAUAAAGCUCAUCCUCAAGCUG